UGGCUGCACCGCACGCCUGCCCUCCAACCAGCUGCAUUCAUAAUUCUCCAAAGUUGCUUCUGAUCGAGCGACGCGAAAAUUUCUUCUUCUUGUGCCAAGUUGAUAUUUCGGCGACGAGUUCCGGCUAACGAGCGAGAUAAGUUGUGCCGUCGGUCGAGAUGGACUCGGCUACUGACAGAUGUAUACCACCUUGGUCACUAGGAAGAGCCUGCUGAGCCAAUGCAGCUAAAGCUCGCCUCUUUAAAAGACCAUUUAAGGCUGAGAAGACUAGCGAGGCCAAAGAUGCACCACAAGGUGUGACUAUGUCGGCGGCAGUCGCUGGUCAAAGCUAUGGGCAAUCAGCGCCACUGCCGCCGCUGCACCCCGACUCACCGCAAAGAGCGUCUUCACCAGGCGAGCCGCCACGGAAGCAAACCGACCAUAAACUCCCACGUGCUUCUGUUGUUAAUGUGUUUUGCGCUUUGUGGCGCCGAGUGUCCGCGAGCGUGCGAGUGCAAGUGGAAGAAUGGCAAGGAGUCGGUGCUGUGCGUCAAUAGCAACCUGAGUGUGAUUCCGGACGAGCUGGACGCGGGCACGCAGGUGCUGGACUUCACCGGCAACGCGCUGGUGGAAAUUUCGCGUGACGCGUUCAGCGACGCCGGCCUGACCAACCUGCAAAAGAUUUAUUUGGCCAGGUGUCGCAUCAAAAGUUUACACCGGUUUGCGUUCCGAAAACUAACCAACCUCGUGGAGCUGGAUUUGAGUUUCAAUCAGCUCACAGCAGUACCUUCGCACAUUUUCGAAUCCAUUUCCGAGCUGCGCGAAAUCAAGCUGAGCGGCAACCCUAUUCAGAGAGUGUCAAACGACGCCUUCCGGAAAGUGCCGCAACUUGUACGUUUGGAGCUGAGCGAGUGCAGAAUCGGAACUUUGGAGCAGCGUGCUUUUGGCGGCCUUGAAAAGUCGCUGACCUUUCUGAAGAUGGACCAAAACCAACUAGUCACCAUUAAGGCUUCCACUUUGACCGAACUCAAAAGCAUGGCCGGCCUCGACUUACACGGCAACCCGUGGAACUGCUCAUGUAGCUUGCGACCCCUUAGAGAGUGGAUGUUGAGUGUAAAGAUUCCGUACAGUGUUCCUCCCACGUGCAACUCACCAGCCAGAGUGUCUGGAAAGUCAUGGGACAAACUGGAGCUGGACGACUUUGCGUGCGUACCUGAAAUUGCUGCGAACGUGCUGGUGACGAAAGCAAUCGAGGGCAACAAUGUGACAAUGAGCUGCAAAAUUGACGGCGUCCCUGAGCCCAAAGUAAAAUGGUUUUGGAAAAAUCGAGUGAUCGCGAAUUUGACUGGCUCGGCGUUUAAUCGCAAGACUUACGUGUUGCAAGAAUUGGGUGAAACGGAGAAGGCGAGCAACCUCACAAUUUUGUCAGCCGAAAUCCAAGACGCCGGCGUCUACGUCUGCUCGGCCGAAAACAAAGCAGGCAAAGUGGAGGCAAAUGUGACCCUGGCCAUGUCCAGAAGGGCGCCAGAACCACCUGUGACCGGCCGAGUGGUGGUUGCAGGGAUCAUUGUUGCCGCCCUAUUCGUGGUCGCCUUGUCGCUGGUUGUUGUGUGCGCGUGCACCAUCAGAAGGAAGAACAAUAUGCGAACUGAGAGGCGCCGACGUCGAGAGGACAGUUAUGAAAAAAUUGAAAUGAACCAUAAGGGUGGAAUGAACGGCCGUGACCUGGGAGUCACGGUCAGCGCGGCGAAUUUGCAAAACCAAAUUAGGAAGCACGGAGACUACAGAGGGGUGUCUUGCGUGGCCGAUCCGGCGGACAGCUUAGCCAGAAAAUUUUUGCCCAGAGACCACUGGGACGGCAGGUCUCCGGAUGGUGCAAACAGCAGUGAGGCAGGACACAACGCUGACGUGGAGAGCUGUGCAGCGAGUAGAAAUAUGGUCAGCGACAGCGAGACUAGUGAUCCUGAAACACUCAAAUCUGGAGUGGCAUCCAGUGUUAGGAGUGGCCGAAUUGAGUUACCAACUUACAGUCACGCUUCCUCCACCUUGGGCAGGAAUUUCCACUUCAACUCGUCCAACUUCGCUGGCCACCAACUGGACAGUCACUCAGAAAGGGUGCCCAGCAUAGAGAUGAAAGACUUACACAUCCACGCUCCACCACUGCCACCUGACCCUGACGAGGGCAAGUACCCGCCGUUUGACCCUCGUUUUAGUUCAGACACUUUUUGCACAUUACCUCGACGUCUGCAAGACCGACGGUGGCGCCGGGGCGGCUGCUCGGACAGCAGCCAGUCGCCCCUGCUGCCGGACAGUCGCUACACCAGCAGCAGUGGCGACUCCAUGCGUCGCUUUUCGACGGACAACGUCAGACACCAACGCUCGUCCAGCUCGCUCAACUUGACCUCGGACAUGGCGCACUUCACGUCAACAGCCGCUAUCGUGAGUGGAGGCGCAACCGGACUUUCUUUCAAUAAGAGAAAAACACUUACGCGAUUCCCUAGCCUGCCCACGUCACCCGUGGACAACCUUAUGGAAAACCCGCCCGUCUACGCCACCCCUGCCACUACGAGUAAUGUGGUGAACUCGUACGAUUAUCAUGCGGCGCAGCUGGAGCGCUUCUUGGAGGAAUACCGAAGUCUGCAGGAGCAGUUGAGCAAAAUGAAGGAGACGUGUGACACUCUAAGAAACGAUAACCGCCGCAGUUUGGCUGAACCUCUCCUCAAUGUGAACGCUUUGGCGGAUGAAGUAAAUAACUCGAGGGCGAUUAUGAGUAGCCAGUCCACCGCGGCUGCCACGUCGGUCAACCCCUCCGCCGAAUUCAAUCCCCAAAACCACAAUAACGCGCCGUUCUGGGUGCCCAGAACUUCACUGAGACGUUUUAGCGGUGGCAGCGAGUUUUAUCAGAGCUGAUUUCUUCAGCUCCUGACGCGUGUGAGUUACUAAUGUUGAGACGUUUUUUACAGGCAUUCUUGGCCGUGAAUGAAUUUGACAUUGCGCUGUAAAUAUUACUAUAGUGUUGUGUGUGUUUUGCGUCUUAAAUGGUGACAUUUUUAUCACUUGUUGUUGAAUGAAAUAUGUUGUUGUUACUCUGAAGAAUGAUGCUUUUAUCGUAAAGCAUUUUGUAAGCGCCAUAUUAUCGUGGUUAUAAUAUACAGUUGGAAAAUCGAUAUUAUAUAUAAAAUAUAAACGAAAGAAACCAAGAACUCGUUGCAUCUUGGCAGUAUUCUGUGUUGAUUUCUUUGCUACUUUUCCGUCAAUGAGAGCAGAGGAAUUUUUAAUUCACCCACGUGCGUGAAAGGAACAAAAAAAACUUUUUGAUUAAAUAAAAUAAAUUUCAUUUUCCUCAAACUGGU